UCUCAUCCCACCUACGGAAAUAAGUCGCUCGGUCGUGUCUAUAGAGUUGGGAACGAGAUAAAGAAUGAUCUGUGGAUAUGUAAAAGACUGGGAACGCUGUAAUUUGGAAUAACAUUAAAAUCACUUUACAAAGAAAACCUUGCAGCUUUGGGUACUGUUCGAACGUAAGGCUCUGAUCUGUUUCUUAAAUACAUCUUUUCCGAUUCGAACUAAAAACGUUGUUUUUUUAAAAUGAGUUUUCCUGUUUGCCGUAGAUCCCACUUCUAAACAGAAGUCUCCAGGAUAGAAGUCACUCUAUUUUACUUAUAUUCAAAAGACAUGAGCUAGAUUCCAUUGUGAGAAAAAUAUUGUAUGGAUUAUUUCUGUCUCUCUGUUGAACUGUGUCCCACACUGUCCUUUUUGAGGCCUCUUGGCAAUAAAAAAUCCGUCUGCAAUAUAAAUAAUCUUAAAUGAUUAAUCGAUGGCGGUAUAAAAACCGCCGCAAUAAUAAAUGGACAAGAAUGAUGCUGCACCUGUCCCGCCUCCCAGUUCUAUGGAGUUACUCCCCGUUCCGCACGAAGUAGUCGCACAGGUUACCGACAGCCCACAGACUUCAGAUGCUAAAGGUGCGCCCUGUUCCCGCCACAAACCCCCCUCUUUCCCCAGGCCUGGCGUGUGUCGCCGCGCGCGGACCGUCACAUUCACUGGCAAGGGACAGGCUUCCCGCGGCCUGCGACCGAAGAAAGGCUUGUCUGCCCCUCUCGCCGAUCCGAGUGGUGAAAUUGUCGUCACUACUACCACCACCACUACCAACACCACCGCUUCUACAGCGCUUUGAGCCGCUCGUAAUGAGCGGAAUUUUUCGUGGAUAAAAACGCUUCGUGGAACACUUUGGAUAUAUCACAUCGACCACAUAUUUCAUUACGAGUGCAGCGUAUUCGGUUCCUGGGACAAUGCCUCAACCUCAACAACUUUCGCACAAAUAUAAAAUCCUCAACAUGAGGGAGUCUCCCGCCGGUAGCACCAUGGGCAGGCCACCUACCCGCUCCACCAGCCAUCGCCUAAACCGGAGUUUCGACCUGGGCGAAGGUCCUUCCCGCUACACGGAGGCGGACGACCCUUUCUAUAACGGCGACAUCGACCGGAUGGAUAGAAUCUCGGUCCAGCCGUAUGGGGCCGGCCCUCCUAGAAGUCUUGACCGUAGUUUCGACGCCUCCUACGGCUACGACGUCCAGCAGCACGGCUCUCGGAACUUCGACCGCAGCUUCGACGACGGUUUCGGCCGAGAGUCGGACCGUUUCAUGGACCGCAGCUUCAACUACCACAACGGCAGCUCCACCCGUGUGGGUCGUAGUUCUGAGCGGAGUUACGAGAAAGUGUCCAUGUCCAAGGGCUACAGCGGCGGCGCCAGCGGGCCACCCCGGGUGGCAGCCACCAUGGAUCGAGGUCGCAUGCCGCAGUCUAGGUCGUUUGGAUCUGGAUUUUCGAAAUCUCCGAGAGAUAGGCCACCUGUGUUUCGUACCAUG